GAGCGAGCAAGCGCGUCACACGCUCGUGGGGGGGAAAUCAAGAGGGCGAAAACGGCUCGUGGACACAAUGGAUUCGCGAACAGAAGAAUUUUUCGUUGAUUAAAACACAGAGUCUUCGAUGAACACGAGAAACAAGAAGUGGAAGCAGAGGGCUAUGCCAUUUCUGCUAAUUUUUAGUGCUGAUUGAUUAACCAUGAUGAAGACUGAACCCCCAUCUGCCAGUGGUAGCACUACCACCACCCUCGUAGUGCGAAGCGCGUCUCCGCACAGAAAUGCCUAUGAGGCUGGAAUUCAAACUCUUAAGCCAGUAAAAAAUCCCAGUGCUGCAAAUGGAGAGGAUGGAAAACCUCGACCACAGGGCCGGGGCCGCAGGUAUGGCUCCAAUGUGUACCGCAUCAAGAACAUGUUCAUGCAGAUGGGUUCUCCAGGGGAUGAAGAGGAUCCGUCAAAGGCUAAAGCUCAAGACCAGGCAGUGCGACUGUCCCUCCCCAGAGCCAGCAGUCUGAAUGAGAAUGUGGACCACAGUGCGCUACUGAAACUCGGCGGAACUGUGUCAGAACGGGUUAGCCGCUUUGACGGAAAGACUGAUGGUAGCUCCACCCGUGGGACAAACGCAGGUUUAUCCAAGCUUCAGGAAACACGGAAGAUCUUUGAACAACGUCAUCUCCAGGAGAAGCAGGCCGCAACUAACCGGAUCCUGUUAAAGAAAGAGCGGGCAUCAGGAUUCCAAGAUAGCCGUCUGGAUGUUGUGGUUCGCUUUAAUGGCAGUACCGAAUCAUUGGAUAGAAUGGACACAGGAGACUAUCCCGCAGAAGCAGUGUCCCCUACGGUUAGCCAGCUGAGUGCUGUGUUUGAAAAAGCAGACCAGCGUAACAACCUCCACCGACCGUCCUCAACUUCCCCACUGCCCUCUCAUGGUGUAAGCCCUACCCCAAGCCAAAUCGAAGGAAUAAACUCCAAAAUCAUCUCCAGAAAGGUGCGGGCCUUACCUACAACAGGGAAUCAAGAGGAAGGGGCUCAGCUUAAAGACCAGGAGGCUGGACCUGAGAGUCUGAAGACCAGGACAGCUAUCCAAUCUGAUGGACCCAACAAUAAACCAUCUGAGGAUGUCACCGCUGGUACAGAUCUAGAUAAAUCCUGGUCAGAGGAGUUCCAGGACGAGAUAAAGGAGUCCAAACCUGGUGAGCAUGCAGGAUCCAUCAUGCCAGAUGCAGGGAGUAGACUGGUGGAGGCGGAUGUCCAUGCCUCUCUGGAAAAUGGGGAGGCCACCAGCACCCAUGAGCCUUCAGAACAAAGAGAGGAAAUUGGACAGCCAGCAGGAGAGGCUGGCACAGAGGAGGACUUGCACAAAGAGGAUAUCUCUGAAGCAGACCUGGUUGACAUCAGCGCGUACAGCGGCAUCGGAGAGGACUCUGGUGGUAGUCAGCUGGAUGAGGAUGAGGAGGCAGAAGAUGAUGAUGCUUACGAACCAGAAUCCAGCUGUUCAGAAGUCCCCGGGCUGCCAGUAGAAGAUGAAACACCCCCUAGCAGGAAGAUUCAUUUCAGUACAAACCCUAUCAAGGUUUUCACCACGUACUCAAAUGAGGACUAUGACAGGCGCAAUGAUGAGGUUGACCCAAUGGCAGCCUCAGCCGAGUAUGAACUGGAGAAGAGAGUGGAGAGACUGGAUCUAUUCCCCGUUGAGCUGGAGAAAGAUAAAGAUGGAUUGGGAAUCAGCAUCAUCGGAAUGGGUGCAGGUGCAGACAUGGGCCUGGAAAAACUCGGUAUCUUCGUCAAGACGGUCACAGAGGGAGGAGCUGCCCAUCGAGAUGGAAGGAUCCAGGUGAAUGACCUCAUCGUAGAGGUGGAUGGAACCAGCCUGGUGGGCGUGACCCAGAAUUUUGCUGCAUCAGUCCUGAGGAAUACCAGCGGAACUGUCAAGUUUGUGAUUGGCCGGGAGAAGCCAGGGGAGCAGAGUGAGGUGGCCCAGCUGAUCCAGCAGACACUGGAGCAGGAGAGAUGGCAGAAAGAAAUGAUGGAGCAACGCUACAACCCCUACAUGGAGGAGGACGAAGAGACGGGUGAGUAUGCCACAGAUGAGGAAGACGAGAUGAGCCCCAUGUUUCCCAAUGCCAUCGAGGUGUUUGACCUGGCAGAGAAUGAGGACAUGCUUUCGCCUGCGGAGAUGGACCCAGAGAAACUUACACACAAGUUUAAGGAGCUCCAGAUAAAGCAUGCUGUGACCCAAGCUGAGAUUCAGCAGCUCAAGAGAAAGCUGGCUCAUGCUGAGCAGGAUAAGCUGCGCUGGCGUAUGGAGAGGGCUCAGUUGGAGCAGACGGUGAGGGAGAAUAAAGAGCGGAUGGAGAAGUUGGAGGGGUAUUGGAUGGAGGCUCAGAGCUUGUGCCAAGCAGUGGACGAGCACCUGAAAGAGACGCAGGCGCAGUACCAGGCACUGGAGCGCAAAUAUAGCAAAGCCAAACGCCUCAUCAAAGAGUAUCAGCAGAAAGAGAUUGAGUAUUUAAAAAAGGAAACUGCCCAGCGCAGAUCACAAGAGGAAUUCGAGGCCUGUCACAAGGUGGAGACAGAAAAUCUCCAGGAGAAGCUUACUGAUUUAGAGUCAAAGGUUGGUGCCCUGAAGGAUCUGGAGCCUUCGUAAGUCUCCGGCUUCAGAAAAGAUGGACAGAACAAAAGAAACGCCUUCAACCCUGCCCACUCUACCCUCCGACCACAUUUUCCCUCCAUGGCCUGAAACUGAACUGAAGAACAGGAAUCAUGAUGAGGGGUGUGACCGGGGACAUAGAGGGAACAAUCACUGUACCAGACGCCUGAGGGACGUCAACCCAAUAGCCCAACAGGAGGCCCUUUUUAUACAUCCAUUUAGUCAUGUUUUCCUUAUUUCUGUUUAAGCUCCCUCACAAGUAUUAUGAGCCUCUCUGAAGUCGGUAGGAAUGUAGAACGGUAAAUGAACACAACUCAAAUGCUUGCAUCAGAAAACAAAAACAGUGUACUUCUGGUCUUAAUCAGAGGAGGAUUGGAGUGAGGGGUGUUCUGUAUAGCAAUGAUUGACAAGAGGACUGUUUGUAUAUAUUAUUGCAUAUAUUUAAAUAUUAAAAAUGCUUAAGCAAAAUGCUGGGGGGGAGGAGAGGGGUAAGGGCUUUACCUUUUUUCACAUAUAGGCAAAUAAUACAGUGAAAAAAUUGUCCAUUUACUUUUUUUUUGCAUGGCAAAAGAGAUGUUUUCAGGUAAUUUAUUUUUACUUUUAAGAACAAAAUUGGCAAACAGGGUGAGAAAUGUGUAAGCUUGAUAUUUAGAGUUAGCAUUCACAGGCUUCUAAUGUUUGCUUUCUGUAACAAAACGACACAUUUAUGAAAUGAAUAGGGGCUAAUGAGUAAUGGUUUCUUCAAAAAGAAAACAUCACUUUUAAACUCUUAUUGGGUGCAAUGCUUAUGUGAAACUCAGAACCGUUCAGAGGUACCGUAUGCCUCUCACCUCUGGUCUCGGUUACAUUACAGUUAUGAGACUAUACAGUACAUUCAGAUAAGAAUUCUGCACCAAUCAGACAUAUGUUGUAUUGCUACCCAAACUGUUUCAUCAGCCCUCACUGUUAACCCAGUCUUUUAGUGUGUUUACAGAUAUAUUGGUCUCUGGAGUCUAUGUUAAGUGCAUUCAGAUUGCACUGCAGAGAGCCCUGGAGAAUCCUAAUUUGUUAUGCCUGUUGGCUGUCCUACUUUUUUGAUUGAUUCAGUAUUAUCAUUCCACGAACUACAAUGUGGAAUCUCCUUUUUGUUAUUAAGUGGUGUUAAGAGUCACUUUUGUCUUCUAUGUUUUAACCACAGAUGUUUAAAUGUGUUUAAUUUUAUUUUUAAGUCAUACUCCUGGGAAAACUGGAAUUUUGACACAACAAUUGAUGGAGAACGUUUGAGGAGGGAAUUCACAAAGAAUGAAUUGUGGCCAUUAAAAGUGCUGUUUGUUGGCACGCACUCUCUGCACUGGUUUAGUGGCCAAUUCACUGAAGGAAUUAUGCAGAUCAGGCAAACGCGCAAAAUCUGUCCUGAACGCAAUUUGCACGGUGCAGCUUUUUGUGCUGAAGUACCACAUGCAAAAGUGCUGUAGGUGUUUAGUGAAUUCACCCCUGAAACUUUGAGGGUAUGUGUCACCUUGUUGUGUCAGGACCUGCUUCUGCAACACAAAUUGAAACCACAGAACUAGUCUCAACUCGGCAUGAUAACUCAACCAAGUUAAGAGAUAUUGGGCGUCAUUCAUAAUACACAAGCAGAACUAAUUUCUGUGUAAAUUGCCUGUAAAACCAAAUUGUCGCACUAAAAAAACUGACAACACAUUUUAAUUAGGGAUGUCCUGAUACCAUUUUUUUUUGAGAACAAGUCUGAUUACUGAUACUAACUUUUCGGUUCUCCCGAUACCGAUAGUUGUUUGUUUAUUUUUGUCACAUAAAGUAACAGAGCAUCACAGACAGUGGCAUAACAACAGGGAGUGGAGGGUGGACAGGACCUGAGGUGACAGGGGGUUUUCGGUUUAAUAAUCAUACUGGAACAUAAUGUGAUUUUAAUUUGUGCGAUGAAUGACAUUCGUACGUCGGAUAGUUUCAUUUAUUUUUACAAACCCGAGUACAAGUACAUGAGCGCUGUAUCAGAGUACAGUACAGGAAUACAGUAUCAGUAUCGUGACAUCCUUACAGUCGUGGCAUCAUGAUUGAACAAUAGUUUUUAAAGCAUUAAACUUUCUUUUGACACAUUCUGCAACGGGAAAAUGGUUUACAAUUUACACAAAUUCAGUGUCUCAAUUAAUGAAUGAGGCUCACUGAUUUGAGUGCAGAUAAACAUUCCCAAAUGAUUGACUAUUUACAUGAGCAGUGUUGAGAAUUCAUUCUCGAGAGUAUUUAUUUAAUUUGAUAUGAUAACUGUGUUUUGUUCUUUUCUGUGUUGGUCCUCUUGUGUAAAUCAAAGAAGUCCAUCCAUUUUGUUUCAAAAGUUUCAAGUAUAUGUUUUUUUUUAUACAAGAAACUCUGAACCAUUGUGAAGUAUUGAAAGCCCUUGUGAUUAUCAGGGUUUCUUACCCUUUCUUUCCCCAAAGUGUUUUAUUGUUGUCAUAGACAUCAGCUGCUCAUUUCUACAUAUUUCUUUUAACAGUACAAGUCAUCACGUAUUUUCCAUGUUUUGAAAAUUUUGAAAGCUGAUAUCUGCAUCCCAACAACAGGACAAUGUUUUAAUUAUAGAAAUGACAACACAGAUGAUAAGAAUCUUAAUUAUGGUAUUCUGAGGGCAGUUCUGGCAUCUUUGAAUGUUGAUCGUCCUAAACUGUUAUUAGCCUGAGUAUGUUUAUUUCCAGUUUUGCCUUCAAAGUUACCUUAAAGAUUUUUUUGGAAACUUUUUCUUCUUCUUUUUCCACUAACCCUGGGACUAUCAUCUGCGUUUAGAAGACGAUUACUGCUCUGAAAGCCAUUUUAAAGCUAUUAACCAAGUGCAGACCAUUUUUCUGAGAAAUACCUCCAUUUUAAGGAUAUUGGAUCAUUCCACAAUGGUUGAUGCCAUGGUAAAUCUAAAAAACGGACCCAUUUUGAGGGCUUUUUUCAUUCUGGACAGCUGCACAACCUCAAGGAAAUCAUCAUCUUUAAAGAACUUGGCAAGAUAUACCAACAGCACCAACAUAUUUGCUGUGUACAGUUCUGAGCAUCUGUUUGCAGUGUUUUAACACGCUGGCUAGUACACAACAACCUUGUGUGUGGAUUUCUGGAUGGCAAAUUUAUACAAGAAAACGUUAAAAAAAAAAUUGUAUCCCUGUGCGUUAUACUGUAGAAACAAACGUGUUAUGGUGGAAACAUAAAGAUAGAACACUGAAUCUUGUCAAUGCUUAAAAUUAAAUUUCACACGUUUAGCAUAGCUUAGCUUAGCUGCCUUUAAUGAAAUGAAUUUGCUUCCAUGUACAGAAAAGGACUCGGUGUUGCUCUCCUCAAUUUCUGGUGUAAUAGUUGCUUCCACUUUAUAUUUGGUGUCUAAUAAAGUGAACACAGAAUAAACUUCAUUUGAAGUUAUUACGUUGAACAAGCAUUUACAACUCAACAAGUAAUUAAGUAAUUACGGUGCAUUUAAAGAAUUAUGAGCACAUUUGUUUGACACCUAACGUAAAGCUGAAAUGCCACUUAUGUUUGUUUUACACUCGACUCCAUUUCCUCUGUAUUGAUUUUACUUUUCUUCUUUUACCCAUGCCAUGUAAAUUGCUACCACGUGAAACCUGAGGAAGGCGUGCUUCAUUUGAAGUAUCAUCAUCUUGCAUAAUUACUGUCAUUAAAAAUAAAUGCAGAAAUGUGCUGAU